AUUCGCUACCACAAUGGCUGAUAUCGCGACUACUGAGUUUCUCAACGAACUACAGUCUUUGUAUCCUGCAACUACAAAAUAUGUCGACGGGGGCUGGUUCCUAGCUGCCAGUAUAGCAUUCAGCUCGAGUAACUGUCCUGAAGCGGUCCCACGCGUACUUCGCUGUGCUCUCGAUGAUCUCGACAAGCUCCCUGACACAUCGUAUGAAGAUCGCAGGUUGCUCGUGCGAAAGAUAAGGGAUGGAAUCUUUAAGUCUGGCUUGCUCUCUGGUUGUCCAAAAGCUAUCAACGCUCUUGUUUCGCUCUACGAAGCCACCCCAGAAGAGCUUCGAGACACCGAGCCUCUACGCGACUCUACUAGAUCGAAAGAAGAAGAAGUUGCAGCUGGCCAGGCGAAUUUUGAUUUUACGUUUGGUGAUGCCGCAACAAAAAUUCAGGCCUUGCUUAGAUCCAUAUACCCAGACCUCGAACACUUCACGAUGUCAAUUGGAUACGGGUAUGUGUACUCCUUCAUGGAAGUGAUCUCAAUCAAGGAGACGACACUCGCCACUAUCUCAACCAUGAUUGCGAAUGCCACGCCUAGUCAACUUGAAUGGCACCUAACUCGCGCUGUUCACCAUGGUGCGACAGUUGAGGAGGUAAGAGCUGUACGGGAGAUCGCACUAAGAAUCGCGAUCAAGGCGGGCGUCCCGUUGAAAAUUGAAGUUCCCAACAUUUGAUCUAAUCGACUACACAUGUAACCGACUACAUAAGUGUGUACAUGGAAUAAACUAGCCUUUGGAAGGUCGC